UUAUAAUUAUUAGAUCCACGAUAUAUUAAUUAUUCGUAAUUUUUAGUUUUAAACAGAAUAUAUUUAUUUGUCGAACUUAUUAUUUGAGGUUAGUUUUACUUUUAUACGUAUGUUAUGUAUUUCGGAAGUUGAUAUUGAACCGGUUAGUAUCAUAGGCACGUUGUUGUUUCUCCGAGUAUAACGUAAAAUUUACUAUCAUAAACGUUACUAUCGUUAAUUAAACAUAUGAGAGCGUGAUCGAAGCAUCGUAUUUAAUAGGACUAUAGAAAGAAUAUUUUAUUUUAAUAUAAGGAAUCUGUACGGUGUGAUACGAGGCACACCAAAUUGUAGAACUAGAAUUUGAGGUUAGGAUCAUUUAAGAGUAUAUUUUUUCGAGAUAUAAAUAUGCCUACUUGGAAUCAGAUUCAAGCUCAACUACGCAAUCCAAAUAAUCCAGUAGUAUUUUUUGAUGUAUCUGUGGGUACAACAGAAAUUGGUCGUAUGAUUUUUGAGCUUUUUGAAGAUGUAUGUCCAAAGACUUCGGAAAACUUUCGACAAUUUUGUACCGGAGAGUAUAGAAAGGAUGGCGUACCAUUAGGAUUCAAAGGUGCUAUAUUUCACAGAGUGAUUAAAGACUUCAUGAUACAAGGAGGAGAUUUUGUAAAUGGUGAUGGUACAGGAGUAAUUAGUAUCUAUGGUGGUGGAACUUUUCCUGAUGAAAACUUUACAUUGAAACAUGACUCGCCAGGAUUACUUUCCAUGGCAAAUAGUGGAAAGGAUACUAAUGGUUGUCAAUUUUUUAUUACAUGCGCUAAGUGUAAUUUUCUAGACGGAAAGCAUGUGGUUUUUGGAAGAGUGAUAGAUGGCUUAUUGGUCAUGAGAAAAGUAGAAAAUGUUCCUACUGGACCAAAUAAUAAACCAAAGAUACCUGUAACGAUAUCUCAAUGUGGUCAGAUGUAAAGUGAACUUUUUUAUUAUUUAUAAAGACUGUUGUCCAUAACAGAUUUAAUAUUAUCAAAAAAAAAAAAAAAAAAAAAAAAAAAAAAAAAAAAAAAAAAAAAAAGGAAAUCAUUUUACUAUCUAAAGGAUACAUAACUGAAAAUAUAUUUUAAUACAAUUUAUACAAAUUGUAUCAUUGACUUCAAUCUGUAUCCUUAUUAUCACCCUUAAUAUUACUAAACUAUAUUUCACAUAUUGCCUAUAGCUAUUCUGUAAUAUCCAAUUUCUAUAAAUUGUUAAUUAUGAUCUACUUAUUAGAUUAGUUUAAAUAAUCUUUAAGAUUAUAACUAAUUUAAAUUACAUUAUGAAUUUUAUAAUUUAUUUUAAAAUACAAAUAUCAUUCUUACAGGUUGUAAGAUAUUACAGCUAACUUUUUACAGGUUAUAAUGCACAAUAUAGGAUUAGAUAAAUUGAUAAAAGGAUAAACAUUACGUAGUGAAAAAUGUUUUUAUUUUGUCUUCUGUACAUGCUAUAUAUUCAUAAUUACUGUAUGAUAUGUAAAUUAUAGUUGUGCAAACAAAGUAUUUAUGCGAACUGCUUUUUCAGUUCAAUUAUCUAAUAAAUCUGGCAUUUUAUCAUUUGUUAUUAAUUCAUAAUAAUAGAAGUGAAACUCAGGGUAUUUUUAAAUAUCGUUGCAAAUAAUACUUUUAUUGAAUCUUUUAAUCCUAUAUUAAUAAAUUAUUUUAAAUGGUAAUAAAAUAUGGAUAUUUAUUAACUAGAAUAUUCGUCUUUCUUAUUGUUAUUGUUUAGAUUCGCAAUCGACGCAAUAAAUUAUUUGAAUAAUAAUUAAAAUAUUAAAAAUAAUAAAUGCUCGUUUUUUAACAUACAUAUAAAUAUGUUUGACUCCUUAAUAAGUAAUUUACAUUCAUACUGUCAACUAACACAUUCUUAUAACUUUUUAUAUUUGAUAUAUUUCUUACCACUUAUAUAAAAUUUAUUAAAUAAAGUCAAGUAUGUGUAUAUGUGUGUAUGUGCGCGUAUGUGUGUAUGUGCGCGUAUGUGUGUAUGUGUAUGUGUAUGUGUAUGUACAUACAUACAUACAUAUGCAUAUAUACUACUACUACUCACUACUACACUAUCGCAAUUCUUGCAUACAAUGGCAGUCGUUAAUUGCCUGUUUAUACACAUCAUUAUUCACAUUCAUACAUACAUAUAUAUAUAUAUAUAUAAUAUAUAUAUAAUCGUCAUUGUAUAUAACUCAAAUAGGUUGAUAUUCUUAACUAUUACAUGAAUGUUACAAUUUUAAGUCGAUAUAUAUAUAUAUGCAUAUACAUACAUAGGGUGCAUUUAAGAAGUUCCAGGAACCGUGAGCUCUGGUGCGGUCUACCUGCUAUUACAGAAGACAUCUUCUUCAAUGGUAUCAACUUCUUGUGCUUGAUCAUCGACAACCAUGAUAGGUGUUGCACCAUCAUGAAGACUUGAUUUAGAUUUAGAUCUUUUGUAAACAUCUCUGGUGACACUUCUGGUGAAACUGAAUUUUCGUACAAGUUUCUUAUCCAACGCAGCAGGACUCUUAGGACCUUUAGCUCUGAAUUCAUCUUCUGUACCUUGAUAGUGUGCCAAUAAGACUUCUGUUGCAUGUUCUUCAAUAACUUCAAUGGCAUAGUCAAUGUCUUCUUCUGUUGCACUCUCUCUUGUGACACAAAAUCUCAAGCCCAGUGAUACCAUAAGUCCUCAUGACAAACCAGAGUUUCAAAGCUCUGAAUCUUCUACUCAAUGGUAUACCCCAAUGACGAUAAUCAAUGGAUUCCCCUGAUCUAGCAUGUUGAAGAUAAAGAGGAUCCACGACCAAAGCAGAAGUUAAUUUAACUCUAUCUCGUACCCAUAAACAGGAACAAUCAAAGCUAACCAAUAACCAUUUAUUAGGAUUUGUAUUGAAGGAAUCGGCAUGUUCGAUUCCAGCCAUGAAAGGUCUCAUUUCUGGACAGAUAAAUGAAUUACCGGCGUAAGCACCAUCCACGUGUAACCAAAUACUAGGAUAGAGCUUACAAACCGGUCCAAUUUCAACGAGAUUAUCAAAAGAACAUGAUCCAGUUGUACCUAAUGUUGUGGAUACAAAGAAGGGUACCAAACCAUUAGCCACAUCUUCUUUAAUCGCUGAUUCUAGUCUUUUACCACGAAGAGAAGCUUUAUCAUCCGGCUGGAGUACUCUUAAUUUAACCAAACUGAUCAUUGCUGCCUUCUCAACGCAUGAAUGAGCUUCAGUUGAGCAAUAAGCAACUAAUCUUGGCAAGAAAGCAGAAUCUUCGGUAUCUGGUUCCUGUUCCUUCAAUAAUCUGAUAGCUUGAGUUCGUGCUGCUAGCAUUGUCACUAAAAUGCACUCUGAUGCAGAACCUUGAAUAACUCCACCACCUUUAGAAGUCUUCUCUUCGGAUAGAAAUUCUCUUGAUUGGACCAAUUUCCUUUAAAUUAUCAAAGGAACAACAAGCAGUUGUGCCAAGGGUUGUAGAAACAAAAAAGGGUACGAAACCUUCUGCGGUGUCAGCUUCGAUAGCCUGAAAUAUUUUUCGUAAAUAUUAUUCAAAGGAACAAACAAUUAAAAAUCUUAUUGAUUGAUAAUGACUGACCCAAGAAAAACCGAUACAUCCAAUCGCAUCAGAAAGCAUAUCACCAAGAAUCGAUGGGAAAGAAUUUCCAGCUGGGAAAUAUGCAUGAAAUCUUGGAUGUUGCCAGUGUGUGAUCUAAAACACACAUAUGGAUAUAAAUAAUUUUUCUAUUUUUAUCAAUUUUCUUAGAGUUUUUUCUUUGGGGGUUUUUUUUCUUUUUUUUUUUUAUGUAUAAAAUAUAAUACACUCACUCCUGGCAUGAUUUUAGAUUCAACAUCUUUCAUGAUAUCUUCCCAUGCUUCAGGUUGUUGGGGUGCUUCAGAAGGUAAUAAUGGUCUCAAGUAUCCAGGACCAACAUCUGGUGUUACUCUUCGAUUAUGAAUAUUACUCAUAAAUUCGCAUAUAUAUUCCACCAUUUCUUUUCCACGAAUUCGAAAUUCUUCGAUGUCCAUUUUGAACGGAUCCUUUGAUGAUAUUCAAAAAAAAAAAAAAAAAAAAAAAAA